AUGGGUCGGGAGAUCAUCUCUCUUCAAGCAGGUCAGGCGGGUAAUCAGAAAGAUUGGGCUUCUGAGGGCUCUCAAGGGGAUAGAAAAGAUGUUUUCUUUUAUCAAGCGGAUGAUGAGCAUUACAUUCCUCGUGCUAUACUCAUCGAUUUGGAACCAAGGGUAAUCAACAACAUCAUAUCAUCACCUUUCAAGGGAUUAUACAAUCCAGAAAACAUAUUUCUCUCGAAAGACGGAGGUGGAGCGGGGAACAACUGGGCACAAGGUUAUAGUGCGGGCGAAAAGGUAUAUGAGGAGUUGAUGGAGAUGGUAGAUAGGGAAGCGGAUGGUUCCGAUUCUCUUGAGGGCUUCAUGUUACUUCACUCUAUAGCAGGCGGGACAGGUUCCGGUCUCGGUUCUUUCCUCCUCGAACGUCUAAACGACCGUUUCCCCAAAAAACUCAUCCAAACAUAUUCCGUCUUUCCGGAAAGAUCAGACGUCGUCGUACAACCAUACAAUUCGUUAUUGGCUAUGAAGCGUUUGGUCAAUAAUGCUGAUUCGGUGGUUGUCUUGGACAAUGUCGCUCUGUCUAGGAUUGCAGCGGAUAGAUUACAAAUGCAAGAACCUUCUUUCAUGCAGACUAAUCAAUUGGUUUCAACCGUAAUGGCUGCCAGUACACAAACCCUACGAUAUCCAAGUUACAUGAAUAACGAUCUAGUGGGGAUCAUAGCUAGUCUCAUCCCCACUCCAAGAUGUCAUUUCCUUAUGACAUCGUAUACACCUUUCACAAGUGAUGAAAUUGAUAAGGCGAAAUCAACACGUAAAACAACAACACUCGACGUCAUGCGUCGUCUCCUUCAACCCAAAAACAGAAUGGUCUCCACAACAUCGACCAAAUCCUCCUGUUACAUCUCUUGUCUCAAUAUCAUCUCCGGCGACGUGGAUCCGACCGACGUUCACAAGUCAUUAUUGAGAAUAAGAGAACGACAACUGGCAAACUUUAUCCCCUGGGGUCCGGCGAGUAUACAGGUAGCUUUGACAAAGAGAAAGAUGAUGGGAAGUAAUAGGGUCAGUGGAGUGAUGAUGGCGAAUCAUACAAGUAUGGCAUCUCUAUUCCGGGCAAUGUUAAACUCCUAUGACAUGCUACGGAGACGUAAUGCCUUUUUGGAACAAUACAAGAAAGAACCCAUGUUUUCGGAUGGUUUGGACGAGUUUGACGAUUCGAGGCGGGUGGUAGCUGAGCUGGCGGAUGAGUAUAGAGCGUGUGAGACUCCAGAGUAUAUUGAUCAUGGUGCUGAAUGA